AUGGCCUCCUCCUCCAAAAAUCCCACCACCACCACCUCCACCUCCUCCUCCUCCUCCUCCACCACGGCCCCCAUCGACAUACCUGGGGCCGCGACGGACCGCAGCGCAGCCUUCAGGCGCGCAGAGGCGGCCCGUCGCGCCUCAGGUGGGGGCCACGACUCUGGCUCCGACGACACUUGGGGAGACAGUCUGGCCGGAAUCGGCACCGAUCCCUCUUGGAUCGACCCCGCCGGCCGCCUCCGCCAACUGCCCCACGGCACCCGCCUCCCCUCGCCCGUCCCCCUCACCGAAGAGGAGAUCGACCGCGCCCGCAACUCCGGAGCAGGACCUCUCAUCCCAUACCCGCGCCGCUCGCCCUCACCCGGCUCUCGUCCCGUCUUCGGGCCGAUUACCUACCAAGAGCAUCUUCGGAUCGCCUUGGCUCAUCACAGAACGUACAGCGUCUUCAUGGGCUUCCCUGCCGACAUUGGCGUCUAUGAGCCACCCAAAUAA